AUGACUCUUAGUGCGAUGCAAAACGAACAACAACAACAAGGACAACAACAGUGCGUUUUACCGGCUUCGUCGGUUCCUCCUUCGGCUGUUCCUUCGUUUCGUCAACCGCAGAGUUCUUUCCAACACGAACAGCAGCAGCAACAACACGUGAUGAAGAAACUUUUUUCCGACCCAAUCGUGCAACUGGAAUUCAUCUCCGACGAGGAUGUUAUUUUGACGUGCACGUCGGAACCGAGAGUCCCUUCCAUCGUGAAAGCGUUGCAAAGCGCGAAACCAUUUCUUCCGUUUCAGUUUGUGCCGAAAACGUCCACGAAUAACGACCGAAACUGCGCGUUUUGGAUGUUUCCGAGAGAAGUGGCUGGGAAAGUCCAGUCGGUGUUGUACGAGAAGAACGUCUUACCUCCUCGGGAGAAGAGCUGUAAUCGAGGGGAGAUUCCGGCGACGACCUUGAAGGUGUUCGGAAGAACCACGACGGGAGAGGGGAAGGAGCAUCAUCACCCGGGGUACGAGGACGAGUUGGCGAGGAAUUUUGAGGUAGGUUUGAAUCGGAUACCGAAAGAAACGUUGGAGAAAAUGUACAAGUUUCAAAUCGAAGGCGUGAAGUACGGUUUGUCUCGAGGCGGGAGAGUGAUGAUUGCGGACCAGAUGGGCGUCGGAAAGACGUUGCAAGCGAUUGCGCUGAUGUGUUGUUACGAGGUAAAGGAAGGCCCAGUGUUGAUUGUCGCUCCGGCGAGCAUGAGGACGGUGUGGGCGAACGAAUUGGAGAGAUGGAUACCGGAUAUUGGACCGGAAGACGUGGUCGUCGUGGAAGGUUCCACGGCGAAGUGGGAUUUAGAAGCUUUAGGGGAGGCGUAUAAGAAGAACGAGAGAGAAGGGAGAGAGUAUAAAGGAAAGAGAAAAAUAGCGGUGAGCUCAUAUCACAUGUUGAGUAAUUUACGAACUUCGUUUUUAAACAUCAACUGGGGUACGAUUAUAUGCGACGAAUCGCACGUGUUGAGCACGUCGGUGUACGGAAGCGAGGCUGCGUACACGGCAAUCGCGACGCAGUUGUUAAAGACACGAUCGAGGCGGGCGAUUUUAUGCACCGGGACACCGUCGUUGGUGAAACCCUUCGAUAUUUUCAACCAGCUUGAUAGCUUACGACCAAACAUGUUUGGCACGAAGCAAGAGUUUGGGGUGAAUUAUUGUCGAUUAGUUUUAGCGCAAGCCUCGAGGUCGGGGAAUAAGUUUUGGAAAUCUUUAGGCGGUCGCCGAUUGAACGAGUUGCACACGCUGUUAAAGCACGCGGUUAUGAUCCGUCGAUUGAAGUGCGAGGUGAUGGAUCAGUUACCCCCGAAGCGAAGACAGGUGAUUUACUUGGACAUCUCGAGCGAGUUUACGCACUGGAUGAAGGAACACGCGAAGAAGUUCGCGCUGUUGCGGAAGCAACUUGGUGUCGGCGAAGGCGGUGAUGACGAACGAGAGCACAGAUACGUGGUGUCCGACGAAGACGACGAAGACGAGGAACCGAUUGUCGUUUCGCAACGAAAUACGUUCGAGGAAAUAGACGAAGAGAAAGACGAUUUGAACAUCGUUACCGAUACCGAUGGCGAAGCGCAAGCGAUCGGGAAACUGAAAGUGAAGAAAGCGGUGAAAUUUCUCGAAGAGUCUAUUUUAAUCGAUAAAUCGCAACAAGUCGUCGUAUUUGGUCAUCACCAUUCCGUAUUGGAUGAAAUUUACGCCGGAUUGCAAAAAGUUCUAUCGCCGGAGGAGAUUGUCUGCGUGGAUGGACGAACAGAUGCAGUUGAGCGCCGCGAGCGCGUGGAUAAAUUUUACGGGGGCAAAUCGCAAGGCUUCGAAGAGGACGGGAAGACGCCUUCGCCGGCGAAAGUUCGCGUGGCUGUUUUUGGCAUCACUUUAGCUGUCGGGAUUGAUUUGUCGUCGGCAUCGACUGUAUGUUUCGUCGAGUUACCGCAAAAGCCUGCCGAUUUACUCCAAGCCGAAGACCGAGCCUGGCGAAGAGAACGGAACGGGAAAAACUCAAAGACGUGCGUUAACAUUUACUAUUGCAUCGCGAAGGCGGAAGGAUGCGCUUUCGAUACCGAUCGUUGGCAAAGAUUAGGUAGGAAGAUUGAACAAAACACAAUGAUGACGGAUGGGUCCGACGACCGCGACGGCCGCGAAAAUUUAGACUGCGACGAACACGGCUCGCAAGUCAUGCUCGAGGCGCCGCAGGUUUUGUUCUCCGAGACGGAACAGCAGCAACAACAUGAACACCUGGAAACAGAGGCCACGCAAGUGUGCGGCUUGACCCAAACUCAAACACAUCCAACGCCACACGAAUCGGGCAUCAAAUCCUUAGUCAAACGCAAAAGGUCCUUGGAAACGAAGAUUCGGAAGAAAUCCUUCUUUACCGAACCGGAACGCGUGCCUAUUUGGUUCGUCGUUUCCGAGCACACCGAUCGCGUACAUUUACACGACAUGCGCUUGCUGCCGAACGAAACCCGAUUGAACUGCUCGGUGAAGCAAGUGGACGUGUUCGUUGCUUGGGAUAAGCUGACAAAGUUUCUUGAAAGAUAUAGACGCGGCCAAGAAGAAGACGAAGUCAGAGACGUUACGUGUAAAACCAUGUCUCCUGCUUUGCGCGAAAAAACGCGAGAGCUUUUGCGCAACUUUGUUUUACCGGAUGCUUUAAUCGACGACUGCGACGCGCUCAACUGUUGUAAAUUUUUUAUCGAAGAAUGGAACUGCUUGUUGUCGCGAGAUAAAAAUAUCGUCAUUCAAUCGCGAACGCCAGUUCAAUGCGGCGGCGUCGCGCAGUUGCUUCGAGAUUUGACGAUAAAGAAAGAGGAAGAGAGUACGCUUAUUAAAACGAAGAAACAAAAGAGCACGACGAGACACGGCACUGGGAUAAAACUGGGCACCCUUCCAAAAGACGCCGUUUCGCGAACAGUUCUAGUGCGCAAAAGCAAUUUCGGAUUCGAAGCGCGCGAACAGUUUAUAAUACUUCAUUCUGGUGAUGAGGAAUCAACGAUGCAGCUUCAAGUGCUGUGCGAUUGCUGCUGCAAACCGUACGCGUUCAACGACGACGUAAAGUUGAAGAAGAAGAAGAUGGUUCUCGCCGAUGGUUCCAAUUCUCAACAGCAAGAGCAACAUCCGCUUUCUUUACACGAUCUCUUUUGUUCGAAGGAUUGUUUCGAGUACCACGUGCAGUCGAGAUCGGGGAAGACGUUACGCAUGGCUGUUUUUGAACGCGACCGAGGCGUGUGUGAAAAAUGCAAACUCGAUUGCCACGCGUUGGUCUCUCGCAUUAAAUGUUUGAAGCCGCACCAGCGCUUGCCAAUUAUUGAAAGUUUAGCGCCACAAUUUACGCGCGCGCAAAAAGACAAGUUAGCGAGAGACGCGUACGAAGGGUCCGCGUGGGAGGCAGACCAUAUUCUUGCUGUGAAGGACGGGGGCGGCGAGUGCACGGUGGACAACAUGCGCACUUUGUGUCGCCGAUGCCACGCGCAAAAUACGAAAGAGCAACACAAACGAUGGGCGUGGGAAAACAAAGCGAAGAAGGAUAAGAACCAACGGACGCUGUUGGAGGUAUUAGCGAACCGCAUCGUCAAAGGCGACGGCACGAGUGGAAGACGAUUAACUUCUAUCAAAGACGACGACGACAACAACGACGUUAAAAUCAAUACGAAAAAAAGCCGCGCGAAGGACACGCCUUCGAACAGCGCGAGCUCCUUCCCGAUAUCCGAGGAUUCGGAAGAGGACGACCCGGUAUCAAAAUCUUUCCGCAAAAACCACCUCUCGGCUAUUCGAGACAUCGACAACCUCGUCUCCAACUGCGAAAAAGAUGACUUUAACGUUCAACUCGACGACGAUACCGAUGUCGACGACAUCGUCCUACCUCUCGCCUCUUCUCAAGAAGAGGACGAAGACGAGUUUGAAAACGCCGCGCCGUGGCGCAAAAGAAGAAGACACGCCAAAGACGACGACCCGUUGAGGUUACGCAUUUUAAAACAACUCGAAGACACGCAAGAGGAUUCUCCGAGCGCUUGGUAA